AUGGCAAUCACCUCUUCUUUCAACAUUCAAAUCUUCAUUUUUCCUCUCCUCGUUGUCUUACUCUCUACCCAAUCCUCAGAAACUUCGACAUCAAUUACAGAUCGGUUCACCCAAUGUCUAAACAACAAAGCCGACCCUGGUUUUCCGAUCAGUGGACAACUUUACACUCCCCGUAACUCUUCAUUUCCAUCUGUCUUGCAAGCUUACAUCCGUAACCUUCGCUUCAAUGAAUCCACCACGCCCAAACCCAUCGUAAUCAUCACUGCCUUACAUCCUUCGCACAUUCAAGCUGCUGUUGUGUGCGCCAAAACACACCGCCUGCUAAUGAAAACCAGAAGCGGAGGCCAUGAUUAUGAAGGGCUAUCCUAUAUAUCCUAUUUAAACCAACCCUUCUUCGUUGUUGACACGUUUAACUUACGAUCCAUAAAGGUAAAUACUGAAGAUGAAACUGCAUGGGUCCAAACUGGUGCGACUCUUGGUGAAGUCUACUACCGAAUUGCAGAGAAAAGCAACAUGCAUGCUUUUCCCGCUGGAAUUUGCCCUACUGUUGGAGUUGGUGGCCAUUUUAGUGGUGGUGGUUAUGGUAACUUGAUGAGAAAAUAUGGCCUUUCGGUUGACAAUAUUGUUGAUGCUCAGUUAAUCAACGUGAACGGCAAACUUCUGAAUCGGAAAUCCAUGGGUGAAGAUCUUUUUUGGGCCAUCACAGGUGGUGGUGGUGUCAGUUUUGGUGUGGUUCUAGCGUUCAAGAUCAAACUGGUUCGUGUUCCUCCCGUUGUGACUGUCUUUAACAUCCAAAGAACAUCAGAACAGAACCUCAGCACCAUCGCUGACAGGUGGAUACAAGUUGCCAAUAAGCUGGAUAAUGACCUUUUCCUUCGAAUGAUCUUACAAGUAAUAAACACAAAUGGCGAAAAGACAAUCGGUGGUAUUUUUCCAACUCUGUACCUUGGAAACUCGACAGCUCUUGUUAACCUCCUGAACAAAGAUUUCCCAGAACUAGGGGUUGAAAUUUCAGAGUGUAUUGAAAUGAGUUGGAUAGAGUCUGUGCUUUUCUACACAAACUUCCCCAUGGGUACUCCGACAACAGCUCUUCUAAGCCGUACAGCACAAGGUAUCAACCCAUUCAAGGUCAAAUCUGAUUACGUAAAAAACCCUAUUUCAAAAGAAGGAUUCAAAUAUAUAUUCGAAAAGAUGAAAGAACUUGAAAACCAAAUGUUGAUUUUCAACCCUUAUGGUGGAAGAAUGAGCGAAAUUUCCGAAUUUGCAAAGCCUUUCCCGCAUCGAUCAGGGAAUAUAGCUAAGAUCCAAUACUAUGUAACCUGGGAUGAACUUGGCGUUGAAGCAGCGGAUCGGUACUUGAACUUCACAAGGAUGAUGUAUGAUUACAUGACUCCUUUUGUUUCUAAGAACCCCAGGGAAGCAUUUCUGAACUACAGGGAUUUGGACAUUGGUGUCAACAACCAUGGCAAGAAUGCUUACGUUGAAGGAAUGGUUUAUGGGCACAAGUAUUUCAAAGAGACGAAUUAUAAGAGGCUAACGAUGGUGAAGAGGAGGGUUGAUCCUACAAAUUUCUUUAGGAAUGAGCAAAGUAUACCAACUUUGUCAUCUUAA